GUCCCUAGAAUCACCAUGAUGUGGUUUCCACCAGCCACCCUCUCCCUGAUCCUGCUGCUGCUGAGCCAGGCCCCUCCCAGCAGACCACAGUCCCUGGCGACCAAGAAGCUCCGGCUGGUAGGCCCAGGAAGCAGGCCAGAAGAGGGCCGCCUGGAGGUGCUACACCAGGGCCAGUGGGGCACCGUGUGUGAUGACGACUUUGCCCUCCAAGAGGCCACAGUGGCCUGCCGCCAGCUGGGCUUUGAGACAGCCCUGACCUGGGCUCACAGUGCCAAGUAUGGCCAAGGGGAAGGCCCCAUCUGGCUGGACAAUGUGCAUUGUGCGGGCACAGAGAGCUCCCUGGACCAGUGCGGGUCUAACGGCUGGGGCGUCAGUGACUGCAGCCACUCGGAGGAUGUCGGAGUUGUGUGCCACCCCCAACGCCAGCGUGGCUAUGUUUCUGAGAGGAUCUCCAAUGCCCUUGGGCCCCUGGGCCGUCGGCUGGAGGAAGUGAGGCUCAAGCCCAUCCUGGCCAGCGCCAAGCGGAGAAACCCAGUGAUGGAGGGGGCUGUGGAAGUGAAGUAUGAGGGAGACUGGCGGCAGGUGUGUGACCAGGGCUGGAGCAUGAACAACAGCAGGGUGGUGUGCGGGAUGCUAGGCUUCCCCAGCCAGCAGCCGGUCAACAAGAACUACUACAGGAAGGUCUGGAAUCUGAAGAUGAAGGAUCCCAAUUCCAGGCUGAAGAGCUUGAUCAAGAAGAAUUCCUUCUGGAUUCACCGUGUCACCUGCCUAGGGACAGAGCCUCACAUGGCCAGCUGCCAGGUGCAGGUGUCCCCGGCCCAGGGCAAGCCUCAGCUGGCCUGCCCGGGGGGAAUGCACGCGGUGGUCAGCUGUGUGGCCGGGCCCCGCUUCCGUCCACCCAAGGCAAAGGCACGGCACAAGGAACCCCGGGCCCAGGAGCCCAGGGUGCGCCUCCGCUCGGGGGCCCAGGUGGGCGAGGGCCGGGUGGAAGUGCUCAGGCACCACCAGUGGGGCACUGUCUGCGACCACAGAUGGAACCUCAUCUCCGCCAGUGUCGUGUGUCGCCAGCUGGGCUUUGGUUCUGCUCGGGAGGCCCUCUUUGGGGCCCAGCUGGGCCAAGGGCUAGGCCCCAUCCACCUGAGUGAGGUGCGUUGCCGGGGCUAUGAGCGGACUCUCAGCGACUGCCGAGCCCUGGAAGGCUCCCAGAAUGGCUGUCGGCAUGAGAAUGACGCUGCCGUCCGGUGCAACGUGCCCAACAUGGGCUUCCGGAAUCAGGUGCGCUUAGCCGGUGGGCGCAGUGCCGAGGAGGGUGUGGUGGAGGUGCAGGUGGAAGUGAAUGGGAUCCAACGCUGGGGAGCCGUGUGCAGCGACCACUGGGGGCUCACCGAAGCCAUAGUGACCUGCCGGCAGCUCGGUCUGGGCUUUGCCAACCACGCCAUCAAGGACACCUGGUACUGGCAAGGGACGCCAGGGGCUGGAGACGUGGUGCUGAGUGGGGUGCGCUGCUCGGGGACGGAGCUGGCCCUGCAGCAGUGUCAGCGGCACGGGCCAGUGCACUGCUCCCACGGUGCGGGUCGCUUCUCGGCCGGAGUGUCCUGCACAGACAGUGCUCCCGACCUCGUGAUGAACGCCCAGCUGGUGCAGGAGACGGCCUACCUGGAGGACCGCCCGCUCAGCCAGCUCUACUGCGCCCACGAGGAGAACUGCCUCUCCCGGUCGGCCGACCUCAUGGACUGGCCCUAUGGACACCGGCGCCUGCUGCGCUUCUCCUCCCAGAUCUACAACUUGGGCCGAGCUGACUUCAGGCCCAAGACUGGGCGCCACAGCUGGAUUUGGCACCAGUGUCACAUGCACUAUCACAGCAUUGAAGUCUUCACCCACUAUGACCUACUCACUCUCAAUGGCUCCAAGGUGGCUGAGGGACACAAGGCCAGCUUCUGUCUAGAGGACACGAACUGCCCCACAGGGCUGCAGCGGCGCUAUGCAUGUGCCAACUUUGGGGAGCAGGGGGUGACUGUAGGCUGCUGGGACACCUACCGGCAUGACAUCGACUGCCAAUGGGUGGAUAUCACAGAUGUGGGCCCUGGGGACUACAUCUUCCAGGUGGUUGUGAACCCCAAAUUCGAGGUGGCAGAGUCUGAUUUCUCCAACAACAUGAUGCAGUGCCGCUGCAAAUAUGAUGGGCACCGGAUCUGGCUGCACAACUGCCACACAGGGGAUUCAUAUCGAGCCAACACAGAGCUCUCCCUGGAGCAGGCACAGCGGCUCAGGAACAACCUCAUCUAAAGCCGUCCCCACACUCCCAGUUGCUGCCCACACACCAGAUACCUCAGCUUACUGGAGCCAUGUCCUUCACAGAGCCCCAAUUCGGAGGGAAAGGGGCCAGUGCCAACAGGCACCAAGCUGCUGCUCAGGAAGCCUCCUUUGGUAGGCGAAACCAUCCAAGCAGGAUGUUGCUGGGCCUUUGGCCCAUGGCUUCCAGACUUGGCUCCCUGGGCUCCUCUCCCAUGAGGAGACAGUGUCCUCGGAGUUCCUGCUUCCGGAGUUCUCAGCUCUUUAGGGAUGGACUAACGCUCGGGUCUCCCCUGAUCCCAUCCCUCCCCCCAUGGUGCUUUGUACAUGUCCCAGAGGCAUGGAAGACAAAGGACCAAAAUACACAGGGGAUGAAGGUCAGCUCUCUGCCAGGAGCUCAGUGCAACCCAGCUCAUGGCAAAGUCAUAACGGGCAGAGGCAGUAAAGAGUCCCCCGACUUGAUCUGUCCUCACUUAGAACUCCUCCCUCAGACUCAAGAAGUGUGUUUUAGGGGUUUUCUUCUACUCUACCACACAUAUAGGUGUUUCUAAGAUCCCUGGGAGCUAAGGUCCUCAGGCAACUCCUGCUGGGCCUACACCCUCACUCACUGAGUGCUUGAGAAGGGACAAAUA